CCCACUUCUGGGUAGCUUGGCUAGUUUCGUAUACAAGUCUACUUUCCACUGUUUGUGACUUUUGGGAUGGAAAGGUUACACUGACGAAAUAUUAAAGUCACGUCGGAGCAGGUAUGGCUAAAGAACAGCAGCCUCAGUGGACGGAUAUUUUGAAAAGACGGUUAGCUAACUCUAAAAAAGAUGAGAGAAGCGACGAGGAAAAGAAAGCAGAAGAAACUGAGCUGUUCACCAAAUAUUACACAGAGUGGAAGGGAGGAGGCGACAAAGACAAGUCCUACAAGAACAUCCCACGAUUUUUUUACAGGCUACCAGCUGAGGAUGAAGUAUUACUUCAGAAGCUGAGAGAGGAAUCCAGAGCUGUCUUCCUCCAGAGGAAGAGCAGAGAACUGCUUGAUAAUGAGGAACUACAGAAUCUGUGGUUUCUGCUGGAUAAGCACCAGGUGCCUCCGGUGAGUGGUGAGGAGGCCAUGAUCAGCUAUGAAGCCUACCUGCAGGUGGGGGAGAAGGCCGGGCCUAAGUGCAAAAAAUUUUUCACAGCCAGAGUGUACUCCAAGCUUCUCCACAGCGACCCUUACGGCAGGAUCUCCAUCAUGCAGUUCUUUAACUACGUCAUGAGAAAAGUAUGGCUGCAUCAGACCCGGAUAGGCCUGAGUCUGUAUGAUGUAGCAGGACAGGGCUACCUCAGGGAGUCGGAUCUGGAGAACUACAUCCUGGAGCUGAUCCCCACUCUGCCUCAGCUGGACGGACUGGAGAAGUCCUUCUACUCUUUCUACGUCUGCACCGCAGUUCGCAAGUUCUUUUUCUUCCUCGACCCGCUCAGAACAGGAAAGAUUAAAAUCCAGGAUAUAUUGGCCUGCAGUUUUCUGGAUGACUUGUUGGAGUUGAGAGACGAGGAGCUGUCUAAAGAGAGUCAGGAGUCCAACUGGUUCUCAGCCCCCUCGGCUCUCAGAGUCUACGGCCAGUACCUCAACCUGGAUAAGGACCACAAUGGCAUGUUGAGCAAAGAGGAGCUGUCACGCUACGGUACAGCUACGCUCACCUCAGUCUUCCUGGACAGAGUGUUUCAGGAGUGCCUCACCUACGAUGGAGAAAUGGACUAUAAGACCUAUCUAGACUUUGUGUUGGCGCUGGAAAACAGGAAGGAGCCAGCAGCGUUACAGUAUAUCUUUAAACUUCUGGACAUGGAGAAUCAAGGAUACCUCAAUGUCUUCUCCCUCAACUAUUUCUUCAGGGCUAUACAGGAGCAGAUGAAACUCCACGGGCAGGAGCCUGUCACCUUCCAGGAUGUCAAGGAUGAGAUCUUUGACAUGGUGAAGCCUAAAGACCCCUACAAGAUCACUCUCCAGGACUUGGUUAACAGUUGCCAGGGCGAUACUGUCACCAGCAUCCUCAUUGACCUCAACGGCUUCUGGACCUAUGAGAACAGAGAAGUGCUGGUCGCCAAUGACAACGACAGCAGCAACACAGCUGACCUGGACGACAGCUGAAGAUGGUUUGGGGUUGAAGUACGGUAGAGACAAUCAUUUUACCAAGAGGUCACAGUUUCAUUCCCAACCUGAAACUGUCCCGCAGAAGUUUCAGCUCUGGACCCUUACUCAGCUAAAUGGCAACAUUGUGAAAAGCUUGAGGAGAUGUACAGAAGGAGAGGGAUAAGAAUGAAUGAGCUGGAUGGAAGUAGGAAAGCCAGAGAUGGUUCUUUGUGUAAAUAUCGUUCUGUGUUCCUGCUUCUUGUUUUCCUGUAAAGAAGAUCUAUUACAUGUGUUUUAUUAUUGACCUCUUUGAAAUAAAUGUCCUUUUCAUGCCUUUUAUGAC